UGGUUUUAUCCAUUCGGCCAUACGGCCAGUCGUGAGGUUGUAUUGUGUGACGUCACAAAUCAUACCACCACCGUUUGUGACAUCACAGCCAACAUUAACAAUGCUUCCCACCAUUUAUGUCACUACGGUGUAUAAUGCUGAAAUCACCACCAGCUAAUUAAUUCAUUGGUUGUGGCUGUUUGAUCACAUUUACAAGUAAUUAUUAUUUUAGGGUUAUUAUCACCUAAAUUAUCUGUAAUCGCCAUCUGCGACGCCAUCACCAUCCGUACCACCACCAUCAAUUGUGACGUUAUUACCAUUUGUAUUACCGUCGCCAAUUGUGUCGCAAUCACCAUCUGUGACGCCAUCACCGUUCGUGACGUCAUCACCAUCUGUGACACUAUCACCACCUGUGACGUUACCAUCUGUGACGUCACCAAUUCUGUGCCAUCACCGCCUCGGCGAUCUGUCUAACUAACGCGUGUGCUAAGAGCGAGAAUGUUCCGCCCGAGCCUGCUGCGCGGGCGCAGCGUGGACUCAGAACCGAUGGAACUCGACAGGAGCCGGCGCGCGUCGCUGAGCGCGGAGCAGCGGCGGCGGCUGAGCAUGAUCCGCUCGGCCAGCAUCCCGCAGCCGCUGACGCCGGUGAGCCACAUUUACCAUUUGGUCCCCUGCCCGAGAAACUGUUGUCAUCAGAAAUAUGUGGUCAGCACAGACCGCAGCGGAGACAUACAUGUUCAUGUGCAGGAGAUCCCUCCGUCUAGCUUCGAGGGUGACUUGAGCCUGCAAGACAAGAGAUGUGUCUUUCUCACAGUCCACGACCUGGGCACGAACCACUCAUCGAUGGUGGACUUCGUAAACAGCCCCGCGAUGUCUGAGAUCCGGGAGCGCUCCUGCUUCAUACACGUCGACGUGCCCGGACAUGAGGAGAACUCGCCUGACCUGCCGGAGUCAUACCCGUUCCCAUCUCUGCAAACGCUCGGCGAGGACCUCGUCACGGUGCUCGACUUCCUCCGCGUACAAUAUGCGGUCGGCCUGGGUGAGGGUGCGGGGGCCAACGUCCUGGCUCGCUGCGGCCUCGCCCACCCCCGCCGGCUGAUCGGCCUCGUCCUCGUCAACUGCACCCACUCCACCUCCUCGGUCGCUGACGCAUUCAGGACCAGGUUCUCAAGAUGGCGCGGCACGGACAUCUCGCAUUCGGAGGAAGACUUCCUGAUAUACCACAAGUUCGGCCACCAAAUAUCAUCGGACGCGUGUGAGGCUAGCGAACGCGAGCGCAUGCUGGGCGAGUACCGGUCGCGGCUGCGCGGGAACCUCAACACGCACAACAUCAAGCAGUACGUGCGGGCCUUCAUCAAUCGCAAAGACCUGGUGCUCCGGGGCUGCAGACCAGACAUCCUGCUGCUGACGGGCAUGCGCAGCCCGUACGCCAGCGUGGUGGAGAAGAUGCAUAGGGAGCUGGAGCGGGACAGGGUCACGCUGCUCAAGAUAGACAAAGUGGGAGAUGUGCUGGCUGAGGCACCAGCAAAGGUGGCGCAGGCGCUGCUGCUGUUCUGCCAGGGCCAGGGUCUGCUGACGUCACUGCCGCCCCCCGGGGUCGAGCGCCGCAUGUCCCGGGGCAUGUCCAUGGAGGAGUACGACAAGCCGAACAUUCGCCGCCUCUCGCUCACACCCUCGGACUCCCCUAAAAAGUAGAGCGGGACAGGAAACGUGCACCUCUCGCUCACUUGCUGAAUUUUAAAAGUAAAGAAACAGUGAUUUUUACAAUGUUAAAAGUGGGACAGAAAAUCGCCUGGUUUUAUAUCCUAGGUUUUUAAUUUUUACUAAAUUUUUAUUUCGAACAGAGGUUGAAACUGUAGGUUAUGAACAUGAAAGAUCAAAAUGUUUAGUUGAGCAUUUCUGAAAACGUAGGGAUUGUAUCCUACAGAGAUCUUGUAAAGGUAAAGAGCGAUUGGCAACUAAAAUGUGUUUGUAAAAAUAUUUUCUGUUGUUUUCGGGUGCCAUAGCAUCAGAGUUCUUUGAAACUAAACCUAGCUUCCGUGAUUUGCCUGAGGGAUGUUGUUGUUGAUCCAAAAUAGUAAGUUAAUGUUAUUUAUUAAUAUCUAGAUUAAACUGAUCAUUGCCUAUUAUUUAUUCUGUAGGAUCUGUAGAAUAAGCUUUGCUGGCAGCAAUUACCUAGUUCCAAGGCAAUCGGCGUUGCGAAGGCAGAUUAGUUUCUGCUCUUGCAACAUCUUUGGCUAAAAGUAGAUAGGCAUUUUCUAGGCCUUUAUUUAUU